CCAGCCUGAAGACAUCUUUAACUCCAACUCUCUGAAUAAUUUUAUUCAUUCUAAAUAAUAUAGGGUAGGUGACAUGUUUGCUGCUGCCUUUUUCAUCUUAUCUUUGAUGAUUUGUCAGCCUGGGGUAACCAUUCAGGAGAAGGUGAACCGGAGAGUGAGUCGGGCUGUUCAGAGUGCCCCCAUCACAGCAGUUCCCUGCCAACUGAGCAACUGGUCAGAGUGGACAGAUUGCUUUCCAUGUCAGGACAAAAAGUACCGAUACCGGAGCCUCCUGCAACCAGACAAGUUUGGGGGAACCAUCUGCAGUGGUGAUGUCUGGGAUCAAGCCAGCUGUCACAGUCCCACAGCUUGUCUACACCAAGCACAGUGUGGACAGGAUUUCCAGUGUAAGGAGACAGGUCGCUGCCUGAAACGCCACCUUGUGUGUAAUGGAGAUAAGGAUUGCUUUGAUGGCUCUGAUGAGGAUGACUGUGAAGAUGUCAGGGUGGCUGAAAAUGACUGCAGCCAGUAUGAACCCAUUCCAGGCUCAGAGAGUGCGGCCUUGGGAUACAAUAUCCUGACCCAGAAAGAAGCUCAGCAUGUGUAUGACCCCAGGUAUUAUGGGGGCCAGUGUGAGACAGUAUACAAUGGGGAAUGGAGGGAGAUUCGAUAUGACCCCACCUGUGAGCGUCUCUACUAUGGAGAGGAUGAGAAGUACUUCCGGAAACCCUACAACUUCCUCAAGUACCACUUUGAGGCGCUGGCAGAUACUAGAUUCUCUUCAGAGUUAUAUGAUGAUGCACAUGACCUUCUUUCUAAAGUAAAAAAUAACAACUUUGUGUCGACCGGAGUGACUGUGGGUGUGAGCUUCACAGACAGCUCUGUAAAGGUGGAUGUGGGUGUAUCCAGUUCACAAAACUCUUCAUCCUUGGAUGAGUUAAAGAAGUAUAAUAAGAAGAAAUAUAGCUUCCUCAGAGUUUUCACAAAGGUGCAGACUGCUCAUUUUAAGAUGAGGAGAGAUAAUAUUGUGCUGGAUGAAGGCAUGCUGCAGUCAUUAAUGGAACUUCCGGAGCAGUACAAUUAUGGCAUGUAUGCCAAGUUCAUCAAUGACUAUGGCACUCACUACAUAACGUCUGGAUCAAUGGGCGGCAUUUAUGAACAUAUCCUGGUGCUUGACAAAGAAGAAAUGGAAUCACAACAUAUUACCAGCAGAGAUAUCGAGAAGUGCUUUGGAAUUUCUGUGGGCAUUGAAUAUGACUAUGCAAACUGGAUGAAAAUUGGAGGAAGUUUAGAAGGAAAAGGUUGUGAAAAUAUUGGAGGUGGCGAUUCUAAAGGCCACAGGCUGACCGCAGCUGUGGAAGACAUCAUUUCUCUGGUGCGAGGUGGCAGUUCUGGCUGGGGUGCUGGCUUGACUGGAAAGAGGAGCACCAUUACAUACCGUUCCUGGGGGAGGUCAUUAAAGUAUAAUCCUGUUGUUAUUGAUUUUGAGAUGCAGCCCAUCCAUGAGGUGCUACGACAUACAACCCUGGGGCCCCUGGAGACCAAACGCCAGAACCUGCACCGGGCCUUGGACCAGUACCUGAUGGAAUUCAAUGCCUGCCGCUGCGGGCCCUGCUUCAACAAUGGGAAGCCCAUCCUUGAGGGCACCAGCUGCAAGUGUCAGUGCCCGCUGGGUCGCAAGGGCCUUGCCUGUGAGCAAAUGGAGCAAAAGGGAGCCAAGGCCGAUGGUCACUGGAGCUGCUGGAGCUCCUGGUCGGCUUGCAGAGCAGGCACCCAGGAGAGGAAGAGAGAGUGCAACAACCCCGCACCCCAGAAUGGAGGUGCCUCGUGUCCAGGGUGGAAAGCGCAGACCCAGGCUUGCUGAUGGCCCCUGGGCACAGAUGCUGUGGAUGUCACUGGAUAACGACUUCUUUCAGCUGAGGGAAAAUUGAAUCAACAUGGAUUUCUUUGUCCUGCCAACUGCCAGGCCCAGGACCAGCCGUCUACAACCAACUGCCCUAUGACUCUAGUCGAUCAACAACUGGGUGCUGGACGUUAACUAGGGGCUCAGUCCUGCUCACAGCACUUUGGAGCACCCCCCCCCAAAAAAAAUCCCAAACCAAGAGAGAGAUCUCAAUCCAUGCCAUAGAGGGAUUUAUAGGAUGUUAGAGGUCUGAGGCCAGCAGAUGUAGCUGAAACAAUCGAUGGCAAAUAAAACAAAGUAUGAUGAGAAUGAU